UAAGGAGACAGCCUUCCUGUACGCGGUUUCCUCGGCCGCCCUCACCCACACUUUGGCCCGGGCCUGCAGUGCCGGUCGCAUGGAGCGCUGCACCUGUGACGACUCUCCCGGCCUGGAGAGUCGGCAGGCCUGGCAGUGGGGCGUGUGUGGCGACAACCUUAAGUACAGCACCAAGUUCCUGAGCAACUUCCUGGGGCCCAAGAGAGGAAGCAAAGACCUCCGGGCACGGGCGGACGCCCACAACACACACGUGGGCAUCAAGGCCGUGAAGAGUGGCCUCAGGACCACGUGUAAGUGCCAUGGCGUGUCGGGCUCCUGUGCUGUGCGCACCUGCUGGAAACAGCUCUCCCCAUUCCGAGAGACGGGCCAGGCCCUGAAGCUGCGCUACGACUCAGCCGUCAAGGUGUCCAGUGCCACGAACGAGGCAUUGGGGCGCCUAGAGCUGUGGGCACCCGCCAGGCCAGGCAGCCCCUCCAAGGGCCUGGCCCCCCGGUCAGGGGACCUGGUCUACAUGGAGGACUCACCCAGCUUCUGCCGGCCCAGCAAGUACUCCCCUGGCACGGCGGGCAGGGUGUGCUCGCGGGAGGCCAGCUGCAGCAGCCUGUGCUGCGGGCGGGGCUAUGACACCCAGAGCCGCCUGGUGGCCUUCUCCUGCCACUGCCAGGUGCAGUGGUGCUGCUAUGUGGAGUGCCAGCAGUGCGUGCAGGAGGAGCUCGUGUACACCUGUAAGCACUAGGUCUGCUGCCCAGUGUGCCAGCUGGACCCUGCCAGGACCUCCCCUGG